AUGAAUUUUUUUCGUUGCAAUUGUACAAAUAUCGAAUAAGGUUUGGAUAUACCUAAUAGUAAUCUCUAUAUUGAAUAAAUCAUAUUGCAUUCGAUGAACCAGGAGAAGGUUAUAUCUAUGACUAUGGAUUUAAAUGUAAUUUUGGAAGGAUUCAAGUUGAACAGGAAGAAGGAUUGUCUAUAUUUACAAGAUCUCAAAGAUUUCAAGGAGGAUCUCCAUUAUACAUUAACAAAAUUGAAUCAAUAGUUUUAGAUCCCUUUAAAUAAUUAAGAUGAUAGUAGUUAACAAUUUUAUUUAAAUUUAAACUUAUAUGUAUAUGAAGGCUGUUAUAAAUUAUUAUACUUAUAAUAAAAAGAGCAAUAUUUCCAUAAAGAUGAUUACCUAUUUGGAGAAUGGGAAAUCAUGGGUUCAACCCAAGAAAUUCAAAUAGAAUUUAUAUAAGAUAAAACUAGUUAAGAGUAAAAUCACAAUAUACUUAGAGAUCUCACGAAUUGUACUCAAAAUCAAUAGGUAGAACACCUUAUUGAAGAUGAAAAUCCAAAAAUAAAAUACUCGAUAAGCAAGACUCCGAAACUCAAAAGAAAGCGCUGA